CCUUGUAAGUUGGUGGCGGCGGCUGCGGCGGCGGCAGGCCCGGAGCAAGAUGGCGUUGCGGCCGGGGACAGGAUCUGGCGGCGGCGCGGCGGCGGGAGCUGGCGCGGGGGCCGCCGCGGGAGGCAGCUUCAUGUUUCCUGUUGCAGGUGGAAUAAGACCCUCUCAAGGCAUGAUACCUAUGCAGCAACAAGGAUUCCCUAUGGUCUCUGUAAUGUCCCCUAAUAUGCAAAGCAUGAUGGGAAUGAAUUACAGCUCACAAAUGUCCCAAGGACCUAUUGCUAUGCAGGCAGGUAUACCAAUGGGACCAAUGCCAGCAGCGGGAAUGCCUUACAUGGGACAAGCACCAUUCCUGGGAAUGCGUCCUCCAGGCCCACAGUACACUCCAGACAUGCAGAAACAGUUUGCUGAAGAGCAGCAAAAACGAUUUGAACAGCAGCAAAAACUCUUAGAAGAGGAGCGAAAAAGACGCCAGUUUGAAGAGCAGAAGCAAAAGCUCAGACUUCUGAGUAGUGUGAAACCCAAGACAGGAGAGAAAAGUAGAGAUGAUGCUUUGGAAGCCAUAAAAGGAAACUUAGAUGGGUUUUCCAGAGAUGCUAAGAUGCACCCUACUCCAGCAUCACACCCCAAGAAACCAGAUUGUCCCACACCAUUUCAUUCUAUAAAUGUCUCCCCAUCACCUGCCUUUCUUGAUGAAGAAGAAUUCAGUGACUUUAUACAGGGACCUGUUGAAGUUCCCACAUGUGGGCCUUCUUCCUCUUCCCAGCCUUUUCAGUCUUUCCAUCCUACCACCCCAGUUGGCCAGUUGCAUACACAGAAGGCUGGGGCACAGCCUCUCCCUCCAGGUCAGAUUCCAGUGUCUUUUGCCUUACGUGGUGUCUGUGGGCAAAUUCCUUAUUUCUCUACUGCUUCAGCCUCACACAGUAUACAGAAAGCAGGCCCUUCCUUGGAGGAGAAGCGCCUAGUAUCUUGUGAUAUAAGUACAUCUGGGCAGGAACAGAUUAAAUUAAAUACUUCUGAACUUGGGCAUAAAGCCCUAGGCCCUGUUUCCAGUAAGAACCAUCCCAGUUUAACAGCCAGUAACGGGGGUGCUGUAGAUGGACGUGUAAGUGGUGCCACCCCUGCUGAAACAGAAAAGACUUCAGACCAAAACCUGUCAAUUGAAGAGAGUGGUAUGGGAAUAUUUCCCUCACAGGAUCCUGUUCAGCCCAGAAUGCCUCCUUGGAUUUACAAUGAGAGUUUGGUUCCAGAUACUUACAAGAAAAUUUUAGAAACCACAGUGACUCCAACUGGAGUAGAUACUGCUAAACUUUAUCCCAUUCUGAUGUCAUCUGGACUUCCCAGGGAAACUCUUGGACAGAUAUGGGCCUUAGCUAAUCGAACUACACCUGGCAAGCUUACUAAAGAAGAACUUUAUACUGUUCUGGCUAUGAUAGCAGUAACACAGAGGGGGGUUCCUGCCUUGAGUCCUGAUGCUUUAAGCCAGUUCCCAGCAGCUCCUAUUCCAACUUUAACUGGCUUUCCUGUGACCCUGCCUACCCCAGUGAGUCAGCCGACUGUGAUGCCUUCAGGCCCUGCAGGCUCCAUGGCCCUCAACCUCGGGCAGCCAGUCAUGGGCAUUAACCUUGUUGGACCAGUGGGUGGAGCUGUGGCUCAGCCUCCCAGUGGCUUCUUGCCAACUUAUCCUGUCAAUCAGGUGAUGAAGCCAGAAGAAGAUGACUUCCAAGAUUUUCAAGAUGCUUCAAAGUCAGGAUCCCUUGAUGAUUCAUUCAGUGAUUUCCAAGAGUUACCUGCUUCUUCAAAAAUAAAUAAUUCCCAGCAUGGAAACAGUGCCCCUUCUUUGUUGAUACCGCUUCCUGGAACUAAAGCAUUGGCUUCGAUGGAUAAAUACGCUGUAUUUAAAGGAAUUGCAGCUGACAAGUCUUCUGAAAAUACAGUUCCACUUGGAGAACCUGGUGAUAAAUAUAGUGCUUUCAGAGAACUCGAACAGACAAUAGAGAGUAAAUCUUUGGGAGAAAGCUUUGCAGAAUUCAGAUCUGCAGGAACUGAUGAUGGUUUCACAGAUUUUAAAACAGCCGAUAGCAUAUCACCACUAGACCCACCAACAAAAGACAAAACUUUCCCAGCAUCCUUCCCCUCAGGAACGAUACAACAGAAUCAACAAACACAAGUGAAAAAUCCUCUGAACUUAGCAGACUUAGAUAUGUUUUCCUCAGUUAAUUGCAGUGGUGAGAAACCCUUACCUUUUUCAGCUGCAUUUAGUAACUCAAAAUCAGUUUCGGCUCGACCACAGCCAACAGGUUCUGUUGCAACUACGACAGCAUUGGCAUCGACUAAAACUUCUAGUUUGACUGAUGAUUUUGGAGAAUUCAACCUUUUUGGGGAUUAUUCUAGUCCAGCAUCUGUGGGGGAGCAGGAUGACUUUGCAGAUUUUAUGGCUUUUAGUAGUAGCUCUGUUUCAUCAGAGCAAAAGGCAGAUGACAAAUAUGAUGCCCUUAGGGAGGAAGCUAGUCCUGUUCCUCUCACCAGCAACUCAGGCAAUGCAGUGAAGAAUGGACAAAACCCACCUACCGCACCUACCAAGUAUGAUGUCUUCAAGCAACUGUCUCUAGAAGGAUCUGGUCUAGGUGUUGAAGAACUUAAAGAUGACACUCUACCAGGAAAAAGUGAUGAUGAUUUUGCCGACUUCCAUUCCAAUAAAUUUUCUUCCAUGAACUUGGACAAAUCCCUGGGUGAGAAAGCAGUGGCUUUCAGGCACACCAAAGAAGACUCUGCUUCAGUGAAGUCCUUGGAUCUCCCUUCCAUUGGUGGCAGCAGUGUUGGCAAGGAGGACUCUGAAGAUGCACUCUCUGUUCAGUUUGACAUGAAAUUGGCUGAUGUGGGAGGAGAUCUUAAGCAUGUCAUGUCUGAUAGCUCUUUGGAUUUGCCAACAGUUAGUGGCCAGCAUCCUCCUGCUGCAGAUAUAGAGGACUUAAAAUAUGCUGCUUUUGGAACUUAUGGUAGCAAUUUUGCAGUGAGCACACUUACAAGCUAUGACUGGUCAGAGAGGGAUGAUGCAUCUCAGGGCAGAAAACUCUCUCCAUUUGUCCUCUCAGCAGGAAGCGGAUCCUCCUCAGCUGCCUCAGUUCUUCAAAAGAAAGAGACUUCGUUUGGCAGUUCUGAAAACAUCACCAUGACAUCUCUCUGCAAAGUAACAACCUUCACAAGCGAAGAUGCUCUUCCAGAGGCUACCUUUCCAGCUUUUGCCAAUUUUAAAGAUGUGAUUUCUCAGACCACUGAGCAAAAGGACUAUGAAAGCGGGGACUACAAAGAUUUCACAAGAAAGAACCUGCCUACAACUGAAUGGAGCCAAGAGGCUGCAUGUCCAAGCCCAGCUUCCAGUAGUACUUCUCAUGAAACCCCAAAAGAAUGCUCAGAUGACUUUGGAGAGUUUCAAAGUGAAAAACCCAAAAUCAGCAAAUUUGACUUUUUACUGGCCAAUUCACAAAGCAAAAUGAAAUCCAGUGAAGAAAUGAUCAAAAGUGAGCUGGCAACCUUUGACCUUUCUGUUCAAGGAUCUCACAAGAGGAGUUUGAGCCUUGGUGAUAAAGAAAUAAGCCAUUCUUCUCCUUCUCCGGCUUUGGAGCACCCUUUCAGAGACCGUUCCAACACUCUGAGUGAGAAGCCUGCUCUGCCUGUCAUCCGUGACAAGUACAAAGAUCUGACAGGAGAGGUGGAAGAGAAUGAGAGAUAUGCCUAUGAGUGGCAGAGAUGCCUGGGGAGUGCCCUAGAUGUCAUUAAGAAGGCAAAUGAUACCUUAAAUGGAAUCAGUAGUAGUUCUGUUUGCACAGAAGUAAUUCAGUCAACUCAAGGCAUGGAAUAUUUAUUGGGUGUUGUUGAGGUAUACAGGGUAACCAAACGUGUGGAGCUGGGGAUAAAGGCCACUGCAGUGUGCAGUGAGAAACUCCAGCAGUUGCUGAAGGACAUUGAUAAAGUAUGGAAUAACUUGAUCAGCUUCAUGUCAUUGGCCACACUCACGCCAGAUGAAAACUCACUGGAUUUUUCCUCCUGUAUGCUCCGUCCUGGGAUUAAAAAUGCGCAGGAACUUGCUUGUGGAGUGUGCCUGCUAAACGUGGACUCCAGGAGCCGGAAAGAAGAGAAGCCUGCAGAAGAACAUCCUAAGAAAGCAUUCAACUCAGAAACAGACAGUUUCAAGCUGGCAUAUGGAGGACACCAGUAUCACGCCAGCUGUGCCAACUUCUGGAUCAAUUGUGUUGAACCAAAACCUCCUGGCCUCAUCCUGCCUGAUUUGCUCUGAAAAGCUUCUCUCUGAAACACUCACCAGUUUUGUUUGUUUGUUUUCCCAUCACACCCCAUGGGUGAGAGGGACCAAUAAACAGAAUACAAGUCCUGCAAAGUUUACCUCUGUGAAUCUAUAUGAAGAAUUCCCCAAGAGGUAGAAAGGAAACAAGCUGUGGAGGUUCCUAGUCAUUCCUACAGAUAACCUUUGUCCCCUAGGUCCCACUGCCAGUCUUUGGGAUUUGAGGUAAAAUUGCCAGACUGCAUGUGGCACCAGAACUUUGCUAACUUAGCUCUAGUUCUCUCAAGAUGUUUUAAAAUAUGGGCCACAAUUCUCUUUAUCUAAGGAAUAAUUUGCUGCUGCAAUAUUGAAACUGUGAAGAAUUGAAUUUGAAGAAAAGUAAAUUAUUGUUACAGGACUAGCAUUGGCAGGACUGUUCUGAGCCAGUGCUUGCUUAUUCCUAGAACACUUAUUGUCCUGUGAAGUAGAAUGCAUUUAUCUGCAUUUAGUUUGUUAAUAUCUGAGAUAAAUAAAAGGGGGAACUGUGAUGAAACUGAUGCUCUACGUUUUUAUAGCAAAUUCUGCUCAUCUCCAUUGGACAAUGGCAGGUGGGCAUGGGCAGAUCUGUCACCUUUGCUAUCACAAUUGAACCAAUUCUCUACUCCUUUCCUUCAUUCCUAAAACUGUCAGUGCUCAAGACUUUUUCCCAAAACAUACCUGGGCACUUUGCAGUGGAGAAAAAUGUUCAUCUUGACAGAGGCCCAACUCCUUGUGCAUCAGGAUGAAUAUUCUUCCCCUUAGGAGCGUCACUGAAAACCUUCUGUUUUACCUCACACACAGACUGUGAGAGUGGUAUUUUUUUUCAUACAAGAUUUGGAAAGGCAGCUGAAUGAAACUCUCUGCCAUGGCUUCUCUCCAAGUUUCCAAAGAUGACUGUGUAGGGACCAGUGCUGUCUGACUUUGCAGUAUCUGUGAGAGUGACCUGAAGAUUCAGGUUAUAAGGUGGAGUUCCUGGCAUGGUGAGAUGAAGAGUAAACAUGUGUCUUUAUGGUAGAGGUACAGGACCUACAAAUGGUGAAAGGAAAUUGUUGAGAAACGCACUGAAUUUUAGGAGGAAAAGGCUCAUGCUCUCCAGUAUAGGAAAUUUUCUUUGCCGUUUAAACUGAAUGCAUGAAAACCAGAAAAAAAAGAAAAGAAAAAAAAAAAAGUCAAGCAGUUCAAGGACUACUCUUCCUGGGAAGAGCCUGCCAAUUUCUCUGAAUUGUUAACUGUAUACUUUAUGAAGAGGUUUUUAAUCUUGUAUGCUUCAGUUUCUGUGACUUAGCUCCUAGACUUCAUUUUUAUUUUAGAAGUGAAAAAGUUGGUUUUGUCUAUAUAAUUAGUUUUAUGUAACUAAAUAACUUUCCCUUCUCUUAGGAUAAAACUUGAGGGAAUUUUGUCUUGUUCUUUUUUACAUCUCUUACAUGCAUCUUCUCCCAAAAAGGUGAACAUUUUCAUUAAACAGUUGUUGAUGAGGUUUGCUUUACCUUGCUGUGUGCCAGAAUGCACAGAGAAGUGUUGAUGAGAUUAUUCUGUUUUCUCAUUUGCUGCAGAUGAUGCCAUUGCCAGCUGUUAAUGACUGGGGCAGCUGUCUCUGAACUGCCACCUUUAGAGCCUUUGCCUUCCAGAGUUAGUGGGGUGUUAAUAAGAACAACACAGGUGGGUGGGUUUCUAGCAGGCUUUCCUGAGGCCUCUGGGUUCCACUCCACCUCAUCUUGUGCUGCGCCAGUGUUUCAACAUGGCAUCAGAAUGCAAGUCAGCCUCUAAUCGGUCUUGUAAAUUCCAUAAUAGAACCAUGACAGAAUUUACCAUUGCAUGUAUAAGAACAUCUCUCUCCUAGUUUGAAUUUACAUUGCUGAAACAUUUUUUUUGCAAAUGCCAUAUGGACUAUUAUUCUGUCACAAUGGCCUGUAGCAAUGACAUUUUAAAAAAUAUGCUCACCUGUUAAUCAGAUCGGUUUCCAUUCCUAUGUAUAAUUGCUGCUGACCUUCCCGAGUAUGAUAGGUUUAGUCACUUCCUGGGAGGUGCAAGAGGAAAAUUCAGCAGGCAUCGACAAAAGCCUUUGCUAUGAAAAUAUUCAGUAGACAUUGACAAAAGCCUUUGCUAUGAAAAGUAUUCACUACUUUUAAUAUGUUUUUAGUAGUAGAAAUGUUUUAUGAGAUACCACCAAUAAGGAUUUGGGGAGCAUGGAAUACCACUGUGCUGAGUUUUUCUUUAUACGCAUUUAUUAAAAUGACUCAGUGUUGCGUUCAGCUUCACCUCAUUUCUGCUCUUGUUAGCCAAGAGCCCAGUGUCCUUGGAAACAGUAACCAAGGUUACUUAUUUCCAUACUCUGUAUUGUGUCAGGCAGCUUCACCCCACAGCUUGAGUGGCCAUUAAUAAGCACUGUUUUUUUUGGGUAUUGUAUUUUGCCUUUUAAAAUUUUAUGGCUUAGAAUGUAAUUCAGUUUUUGUCUGGACAUGCUUGAGGUAGUAGAGGUACAGGGUGUACGGGGAUAUUAUCCAUGCUGUAUUUUUCCUGUGGCUACUAGUUAGCAUUUCAUGAGGGUUGCAUAUUUUAAAUUGAGUAUUUUGUGUACAUAUAUUUAUUUAUGUAUUUAUUCUGUUCUUUGAUGUUUUUUGUUUAAUGAUGCCUUUUACUUGCCUUUUAUUUCCUAACUGUAUUCUUAACCUUUGAAAAGAUGAUAGGGCUUUUUCAUUAUUGAAAAUUUGAAAUGCUUGCUGUGCAUUGGGGAACACUGCAGAAAUUCCCCUUAACAAUAUCUGGUGACACACCUUCCUUUGUUAUCAGCAGUAAACUCUUGACAUUUCCAAAGACAAUAUGGUGGUUUUGGGAGUAUUAUAGCCAGUCUGUUGGUCAUUCCAGAAUUGUUAGAACAGAGGGUAAGAUGUGUUUAGCCUCAGUAUUUUUUGUUAAGUUAGUUAGUAUUUGUUUGGAAAAGUGUGUACCAGAAAACAAUAUAGUAAAGCCUCUUCCCUGUAAGGUCAAGCCAAGGAAAUAAAGCUUAAGUAAAACA